AACGAUCCAGACCUUUGACCUCUCUUCUCAAGCCUGCCAUCUUCGAGUCAUAUUUGGCAUAUCACAAAUACGUGUAAGAAUAGCAAGAACAAUCUAUUCCACGUUUUUCUAAGGGCUUUAUGUGUUCAAUUGUUCUUGCAUCAAUUUCGCAGCAUAUGGCUUAAGCGAGCCUCCAUCUCUGCAUUGUCUGAUUGUACAAUCUCUGUUGUCGCUCUAUAUCAUGGGACUCACAGAUUCUUCUCUAGGCCGUUGACCAGCAUAUCUUCUCAUCUGUUUUCUGUAUUACUUUACUUUGUAUACCUGGAUGGUAAAGUCUUGCUUACAACUCCUUUUAUUCGCCUCUGGAUGGUUCACUUUUAUGGCCCCGACGAUAAUGUUGAUUGAUGCGAACACUGUCUAGUUCAGACUUCAGUAGUAACUUCAGCUUUGAGCCACUCAAUAUUUCAGUUCUUCCCCACCGCGGAAGCUCCUUCACACCUUCACGACUCCACUUCACAGAGCUCGAUAGAGUAUAUAAUUCGUCGUCGAAUGUUCUGGAACUACAAUUAGACGUUCAAAUAGCAAAGGUAACAGCUCACCUGCGCACGUUUGUGCCUUUCUGACAUAAAAUAAUCGCUCGAUCUCAAGCUGUCACCUUCAGCUCCAGGUUGUGCAUAAGCCUGACGACAACAGACAACCCCAGUAAAGCCCAGACAGCGGAAUGUCGCCAUAUUGAAGACAGUCACGAAAGCCUGAUAACACUCAACAAUCUCCUCUCAAAAUCGACUAGCGGGCAGUGAGGCUAUUCUCACAGUUCACCAUUCAGGAACGGCUUGUUGCGAGUCUUCUGAAAGUGAAGUCCACACUGUCAGCUCUCAACUGCUCUGCGAUCUCACAGGCUAUCAAGUCUUUGCACUUGUACUAGACUUGCCGUGUUUGUGGGUGACCUUGGAAAUCGCUUUCUUCAUAUUUAAAUCAAAUUCUUUCGCUCGUCUCGACAGAUAGGUUCAUAGCGUUUGCCUGUAUGCGAUGUCUUCUCCAAGUUUUGCGCCACAUCGAUCAAAGGCAGCUACAGCACCUCAGAUUCGAGACCUCGCAUAUAAUCUCCAUGGCUGGGCUAUGGAGGAUGGCAUAGCUGGGGACAAGGAGGUUCGAGUCAUCACUGCAAGAAGCCCGUCCUCCAUCACGUACGACACAGUUUUCGGGGUCUUUAACGACUUCAACGAAUCAUCAUCGGUAGUCUUCAAGCCAGACACAUCAUUCUCCACAGCAGAGCUCAAACCUCCUUGUGACACCACACAAGCGUAUUUAAUAGUGGGCUAUGCAAAACGGUUCAUGGAGUGGAAACAUCUGAGCAGUAACCCCGCUUACCUGCCCAACGAAGAACGAGCUGCCACUGGCACUGUCCGACCCAACAACAUCAUUCCGUGGGACCAUCGAUCCCCGCCUGUCCUCGUCGUGGCGCCAAUGACAUACGGACUGGGAGUUAGGUCCACACUCUACGCACUGAUCAAUCCGAGAGAUGGUCUUUGCACACCUCAUGUUAUUGCGAUGGGGAAUGUCUUCAUACGCUCGGAGUUUCGUUCUGUGAAGAACACUAUAGAUUCGAGUUCAUCAACUUGGAAAAGUGCUAUCAGGGAUACUAUCAUUCAGCUGAAUACCGAUGGACUAGCGCCAAAAGUUAAGUCAAACACAAACACGAAGGAGGAGGGAAGUGUUGAGGAAGCGAAGGGAAAAGAAGAAGCGACAAUUGGAAAUAAGCAAAAGAGAAGCCCGUUUUCUCUUAACCCUCCAGGCAUAUUUCCCCGAUUCAGAGGAUUUCCACAGCUUGUAGGACUCCCCCCAAAUCCAACAGCAGAUAACUCUUCGGUGGCAAACAGUUCCAAGACAAGUGCGAUUGCAAAUCUUCAGAAAACAUCGAGCACAGGUCAAGCCCAGAGCCUCGCGAGUGGAGACCAGGUGUCGGGAGCUGUUCUCGAAGAUGGAAGCCUCACAAGCCAGUUACAGCGACUUGUACGAGAAAUAGGGGCAUUCGAGCAACGGCAGCGCGAAUUUUCUGUCAAAGAGCACAAUCUCGAAGUCCGAAGCGUUCAGCUCCAAAAAAUUAAAACCGCUCUUGAAAAGCGACAGGUCGAGCUGGAAAAUCUUGAGAGUGAUCUCAAUACCCGAAAUUCGAAGCUGGAAGCCUCUGAGACGGCACUCAAUCAACGACAAAGCCGGUUGAUCGAGGAGAUACAAGCUGCUCUUGACGGAGAGAAAGCAGCCAUAUAUGACACUAUCACGAAAGGAGUCAAGCGGCGCCGCGAGGGAGAUGAUGAGUUGGAGCGGAAAGUGCGAAGGCUGUGCUUUAGUGGUCAGAAAAGCGCACAAAGUUGAAUGGGCUCGACGAUCGAGAGUGUCUGGUACGGAGCGCAUUGAAAUUCGAUUCACGCUGCUACAUAUUCCGAUCUCGAGCUUUCAUAUUUUUACAGGUACCGCCUGUUCAUUGGGGGGCAUAACGUCGCAUUUCUCCGGGGUAUCAUACAGCAGAGAGGACUUCGCAUCCAGAGAUAAGGAUGAGCCGG